AUGAAAAAAUUUCUUGUUGCAUAAAAAUCUAUAGGAUUUAUUCGAUCAAUCCGAGAAAUCUUUGAUGAAGAGUACAAUGAACAUGCCUAGGAAUAUGAGGAAAUUCUGCACACAAUAAAAAAUAGCUAAUUGUAAUUUACAGAUUCUAAUUUCCCUCCUUAAAGCAGCUCCUUAAGCUUGUCAGAAUUACCCAAGAGUUGGAAAAAUUUGACAUGGAAAAGAGCAAAUGAGAUCUUUGAUGAUUAUGAUAUAUUUAAUGGAUGUAUAGAGCCAUCGGACAUAAAAUAAGGGAUUUUAGGAGACUGUUAUUUUCUGUGUGCACUUAGUGUAAUAGCAGAGAAAAAUGAAUUAGUAAAGCGCCUCUUUCAUAACAGCGAAGUGAGUCAAUAUGGUUUGUAUGCAGUAUGGUUAAAUAUAAAUGGAGAAUGGACAUCAGUAGUGAUUGAUGAUUACUUUCCAUGUACAGAUAAUUUACCAGCCUUCAGUAGGGCGAAUGGGUUAUGGGUUAUGCUCUUAGAGAAGGCUUAUGCUAAAGUUUAUGGAUCAUAUUUGAAUAUCGAAGGAGGGAAUCCUGCAAUAGCAAUGAGAGAUCUUACAGGAGCCCCAUAUGAGAACAAAGAGAGUGGUUCAGCUUAAGAAUUUUGGGAGUACUGUGAGUAGAAUCAUGCUCAAGGAUUCUUACUAACAGCUUAUACAAAGGAAGCAGAAUUGAUUAAUCACGAGAAUGAAUUGGGAUUGUUGGCUGGACAUGCUUAUGCGAUUUUGAAGUUAGCUAACGUUUUAGAUUAGAACAAUAAGUAAUGCAGAAUAAUGCAAAUGAGAAAUCCAUGGGGACGAGUUGAAUGGAAAGGGGAUUGGUGUGAUAGCAGUAAUAAAUGGACAGAAUAGACAAAGCAAUAAUAUAGUGUAGAAGACAAUGAUGAUGGUAUUUUUUGGAUGUCGAUAGAGGAUUUCAGAACAUUUUUUGCAGGGAUUGGAGUUUGCAAGAUUAAGAAUGAUUACAUUUAUAAUAGCAUUCAAUGUUAGUUAAACGAAUAGAAUUGUUGCAUAAUUCAUUUAGAUAUGGUUGAGGACUCUCACAUUUAUAUCUCAUUUAAUUAGAAUGAUAAUCGAUUUCAUUUGCAUUAGAUCGCUGAUUACAGGUAUUCUUUUGUUAGAAUUAUUGUAUCUCAAUUGGUGGAUGAUAACCUAAAAUAUAUUUCAGGUAUUUAUAGGGCUGACAGGAAUGUUGUAGUUGAACAGAAUUUAAAGAAGGGUUAAUAUUUAGUAUUUAUUGAAUUGUAAUGGCAAUAUUCCUAAAUUCAAAUAAUUAGUACUUUGAGCACUUAUGCAAGUAAGAAGGCUAAACUCAAACGUAUAAAUGGUUUGGAUUAUUUAAAUUCUAUUAGAAACAUAAUAAAAGAUUAUUCUGAUAACAAUGUACAUAAACUUAAAGAAAUAAACUAUUUGGAUCAAUAUAACAAAAACAUAUUUAAGAGAAUUGGUAUUGUUGAUGGAUAUUUAUUCCUUCAUUACUAAAAUCAAACCUUCGAUAGUAUUUUAUAGGAAGUCAUUCACUUUACUGAUACAAUUGGGUAUGUGCCAAUUUCUCCUUUGUAAUCCAAUGGUUUUUAAAAGGAUGGCUCAUUGAAGGUUCAAUUCACUUCGCCACCUUAAUCUGUGGUUAUUAUUUUGUUAUCUUAGGUUAGAAGUUCUAUUGGAAAAUGCUAGUACACUCAACAAUCAUAGAGUCAAAUUAUCUGCAUUCCUUAAAAGCACGAUUAAUAUGAUAAUAAUCAAUUCAUUUUAAAGUAGCUAAAUCUAUCAUAGAUGCAAUUAGUGGGAAGACACAAAUUGAAUAUCAAAUUUUAUCAAGCUCAUUUGUAAUCUAAAUCUAAGAAUUCAAAUUUAAUUAAGAUAUUUCAACCUCCACCUGAAAAUGUUGAACUUUCCAGUUUGGAAACUUCCAUAUUUUAUUAUUUCCAUGAUUUCCUGUCAGAUGUUUGGGAACCUUUUAUAUUCUAUAUAAUAAUGUUGAAUUUUAUAUCCAUUAUGAUAUUGAAUAGUCAUAGAACACACUUAGCUCAAAUUAGCAAUUUACUCCUUUUCAUAUGUUAAAUAUUGAGUGGUCAAAAAUAAAAAAAAUCUAUCAUUCGUAUCAUGUCUAAAGCAUAAUUCAUUUCAAUAUUUUUAGAGAUAAUAACUAGAUUGUUGAGUUUUGAAUGUCAAUAUUUUGCUCUCCCUCCAAAUCAAAUGACUGCCCUUUAUAAGUUUUUAUUAAUUAUUACUAUUCUCCUUAAUUUCUUACUUUUUGUAUGUAUACUGAAAUUCCUUAUUCAUUAUGAGACUAUUGAGACUGAAAUCUUCAACCCAAUGCAACUAAGAUUCAAUAAUUAUUUAAAAAAACUGUCAAUAAAAUGA